AUGGCCUCGCUCUUCGGUCAGGUCCACCAGGAGCACUCCAACGCUCAAGACGACGACAUCGACCAAGAGUACCCCGGUGAAGAGCGCACCUGUGUCCAGGGCUACGCCGAAAUUCUCGGGCGACAUCACCACACCAUUGAGAAAGAGUCCCAGAACCAGGGACAGGGCAGCAGCAGCAACAACAACAACAACAACAUCAACCAAGUCUCAAACUUGCAGCGCAGCAGCAAACCGACGCAUUCAGCACACGGUGCCAUCUACGACUCCUUGGCCCUCUCUGAGUCAACAGACUUUUCCGAGACCGACGACAUUGUCGGUUGGCGAUUCGACCCUCCCACGAAAUCCGUACUCCUCCUCACGCACCGCGCAAGCGAUCUAUACGAGACCACCCGGCUCGUCCCCGAAUCUCUCAUCCAGCACAGAUCGCCAGAAAAGCUCUAUAACUACUGGGCGUCCUUUGGCCAGCCCAGACAAGUCACCGUUGGUUCCGACUUCUACCACAUCCUGAACAUCCUCGCCCACGAUGCGGACUCGAUGCUGAAGAUACAGUGGGUCGGGUAUCCGCCGUCCGACGCCGAAACAACAUGGGAACCCGCCGCCAAGGUUCGCAGGAUGAAUCCAGUGCUUCUUGUCGAUUACAUCACUCGACAUGACCCCAAGCGCGAGAUUAAGGCGAGCCUGAAGCGCAGUUGA